AUGUCUUGGCUCCUAAUAACAGAAAAAAUGCUGGUUUCUUGUAUACAAAUGUGUGACAAGAAUUUUAUGAUCUCCAGAUUGAGUGUUUGCAAGCUCACAUCUUCACCUAUGUUAGGAUUGGUUGGCAUCUUAUUGUCGCAACAGCCAUGCUUGGAGCUUUGUUAUAAAAACAAGGUCUCUUUGAGUUCAUUUCACUUCAAAUCUUCACCCUACCUCAUUCUUCGGUAUACUCCUGCUACUGCCACUGUGUUUUUCUAUGCAUUUUUUUUCUCUAGGUCAAACUUUGUAUGUUUCUUGCAUUAUCAUUAUCAAUGCAUGAAAGUUGUGACUUGGAAAUACUUAUCUUCUGUCAUGGUACCACUAGGAACAGCUGUAAGGAUGGUAAAAGCAGUUAGUACCUGUAAAGUCUUGUUCGAAAAUGAUAUUGUAUAA